CUAAAGCUAAAUAAAAGCUUUAAUUUUAAAAAGUUUAAUUCAUUAAAUGCUAACAGCUGCUGGGCGGCAGCUCCGUCUGAAGGGUCAAAGUCUGAAGAGAUUUCUGCGUCAGAUAAAGUGAUUAGGUGACGUCUGCAGAGCUGAAGAUGACAUCCAAGAAAGUGAUCGAGUUUUUCUACGACGUGGUGUCUCCGUACUCCUGGCUCGGCUUUGAGGUUAUGUGCCGCUACAGACAGAGGUGGAAUAUCGAGCUCAAACUGCGACCUGCCUUUCUGGGAGGCAUCAUGCAAGGAGCAGGCAACAAGCCCCCUGGUUUGGUUCCCAACAAAUUCAUGUACAUGACGAAGGAUCUGCUCCGCUUGUCAGAGUAUUUUGGUGUCCCCAUGCAGGUUCCAGCGGACACCUUUGGAGCCAUGUUCCAAAAAGGCUCCUUGAAUGCAAUGCGAUUUGUGACAGCAGUACAAGAGAGGGAGACGGGUGGAGACGAGCAGGCGGAGCGGGUGUCCCGGGAGCUGUGGAGACGGAUCUGGAGUGAGGACAAAGACAUCACUGAACCUGCAUCACUGUCUGAGGCAGCGAUGAAAGCCGGACUGUCUGACAGCGAGAUUAAAGAAGCGCUGAAGCUGUCCAACUCAAAGGAGAUCAAGGACAAGCUGAAGACGGCAACGCAGGAGGCACUUGAUCACGGGUCGUUCGGCUUCCCCAUGGUGGUGUGUCACGUUAACGGAAAGCAGGAGAUGUUUUUUGGAUCUGACAGAUUUGAGCUCAUGGCCCACUGCAUCGGGGAGAAGUGGCUCGGACCUCAGCCCGACAAAACAGCUGCCAAGCUGUGAGAUAUGAAGCUGCCUUCACACACAGUCUGUGUGCUCAGAGAUUCUACUUUUAAUAAUGCCUUCGAUUUUUGCUAAUCCUUCAAAUUUCAUGUUUUCUAAUAUAUAUAUAUAUAUAUAUAUAUAUAGGGAAAGCAUCAUAUUGCCAAUGAACACCAGUAACAAAUAGGAUUGUAAAUUAUGUCACAUGCUAUUGUGCUGCAUUUAUUAAGAAGAGCAUUGACAGCUUCUUCAAUCAUUUCUAUUGAAAUUUAGAGGUGCAGAAAGGAUGCUGUUGUGUAUGGUGAAAUAAAAAAAACUGAUACA